AGACUGCGUCGCACAUCUCCAGUCCCCAGAGCGGGGCCUCUCACCAGUUGGGGCAGUGACCCGGGUCUGAAGCACCUCAGGGCUGCUCAUGAUUGCAGAGGAUGUCCUCACCAGAUAGGGGGUCCUGGAGGGCCUGGGGGAUUGGUCUCUGACUGCCAGCAAAAGAAGCUGACAUCAAGGCAGCGGGAGACAAACACGGAGGCAACUGACUUGCCCGACUUUAACCCUCAGGUUUUUUAAAUAAAAUGCAAAUGUGGGGGCUUGGGCUCAGGACUCCUGGAGCCCCGUGGAGCUGAGCGUGGAUGGUGUUCGGUGUCCGGCUUCACUCCCAAACCGCACCUGGAGCGUUUGCCGGGCGGAGGGGCCCCAGGGGGACGGUUCCCGAACAAACCCAGGCGGCUUCGGUCAGCAGCAGCCCCGCUGCUUUUCCACAGCGCGGGGACCCCCAUCCCCGCCAGCCCCAUCGCACUGUCCCUCUCAGGUCAGAGGAGCCCAUGGAGGACUGCGUGGCAUCAGGACCUGCCAGGAGCCAGGGCGACCUAGAAGAAUCCGGGAACCUGGCGUCCAGCGAGGACGCAGCCCCCGGAGAGGAGAGGCCACCCGAGCAGGAGGGCUGCCGCCUCCAGCAGGUGAGCUCAGCCCGGGCGUCCCCUCCGCAACAAGGCCCGGAUCCCUGCCUGGCUCCUGGAGCCCGGACUGUGCCUUCCGCAAAAGGGCUGCGCUCCAGAAAGUGGCCCCCACAGUGCCCUUCCCGGCAGCAUGGAGUCGACAGCGGCAACGUUUCUAUCCCGCUCUGCGGGGCUGGGUGUGAAGGGGACUGUCCCAUCCCGCUGUCCUCCAGGAGCGGCACCUUUCUCUCCGCAGACUUUGCUGAAGACGCGGCCCCCUGGUCAGGGGCAGAAAACAGAUCCAGGCCGCCCCGCUCCUGCUGGGUGGUGAAGGAGGGCGGGCAGGUGCUAAGUGCUACUGUGAAACUAAAAAUCAUCAUAAUGAAGAAAGAAUGGGUUUCGUAUCUCUUAAUUCUCACCAUCAAUAGGGUAUUCAUGGGCCCAUUUGACAGAGGAGGAAGCCAUCUGGAGAAGUUCCCUUCCUUGAGAGCCAGGCCGUUCCGUUCCCUGUCCAGCCCCGUGUCACCUGCUUCCCUUACAGCUCGCCCUCUCCCCCUCUCAUCUUCAGAACACGCUUCCCCAUGGGGGCAGGGAUUUGAGCUCAGAGGUGUUGAGCAGCCUGUGCGAGGACACAGAGCUCACGGGAGGAAGGACCCCCAUAGUGACAGGGACAGCUGAGGAGGGAGCGCCCUCCUCUGGCUGGAGGGUGGGGUAGCAGCAGCUGCCAGGCUUCAGGGAAUGGGGUGAAAUGAGGGCCCUAGGGGCUCCCCAGGUGGAAGCACAGGUCUGGCAGAGGUUCCCAGGUGACUGGAGUUUGAGUGAGCGUCAGGGAGGUGUGUGAGGAAGGUGGAGAUAGGUCCCACUCGGGCAGGUCCUGCCUGAGUACCAGCAUUGGGGCUGGAACUUAACAGGGGUGGGGGAAUUUUCUGCCUGCCCUGGGGCUGGGGUUAUGCCCUCAUGGCAGGUAGUGCUUCCUGCUUCCCCCAUCAGGAUGCAAGUUCUGGAGUGGCACAGGGUGAGGAACCAGUGACCCACCCAACCACCCCUCUGAAAUGGGUCAAGGGGAACCCUGGGGCAGGACACCCUGCUGAGAGUCAGAGCCCUGAACUAUUAAGAAAAAAAAAAAAAGAAGAAGAAGAAGAAGA